AGCAGCAACAUUAACUAUUUGGUUGCCACAGCUUCAGUCCCACCUUCAAAGUCUGUAGCCAUGAAUAUGAUAUCAACAGACCCUCUUGUGAUUGGGAGGGUGAUCGGAGAUGUUGUGGAUCUUUUCUCUCCAACUGUGAAAAUCACUGUCUCCUACAACAACAAUAAGCAGGUCUAUAACGGUCAUGAGUUUUUCCCUUCCUCAGUAACCAACAAGCCUAAGGUUCAGAUUCGUGGAGGCGACAUGAGAUCCUUCUUCACUCUUCUCAUGACAGAUCCAGAUGUUCCUGGCCCUAGUGAUCCAUAUCUCAGGGAACAUUUACACUGGAUAGUCACGGACAUCCCUGGCACAACGGACACCACAUUUGGAAAUGAGGUGGUGAACUAUGAAAUUCCAAGGCCAAACAUAGGCAUCCAUAGGUUUGUGUUCCUCCUUUUCAAGCAGAAGUGCAGGCAGGCAGUGAUGAAAAUACCAAGUUCUAGGGACCUCUUCAACACGAGGAGCUUUGCAGAGGAGAAUGACCUGGGGCUUCCUGUGGCUGCGGUGUUUUUCAAUGCUCAAAGGGAAACGGCUGCCAGAAGACGUUGAGUAAUGAACCAACCCACAAAAAGUGUCACCAUGUGGUUAUCACUAGUAAAGCCUAUAUACCUGUCCACUGUAGUAGUGUCCACCAAAUAAGUCUAGGUUUCUAAGGGUGUGUGGGGCACUUUCUCUAGUUAAAUUCGAACUUGCAUGCUGAAACUCUCGUAGCAUCAACUCUAACAUUCUUCUUUCUA